GGACGCCGUUGUCGUUUUGCUCGUCUGUGCAGUGGGUGUGAGACUGCUGUUGGCCAGGCAGGUGCAGGUUUUGGUUCCCAUCAUGGCUAUCACACAGUUUCGGUUAUUUAAAGUUUGUACCUGCUUAGCGACGUUAUUCUCCUUCCUAAAGAGAUUAAUAUGCAGAUCUGGCAGAGGACGGAAAUUAAGUGGAGACCAAAUAACUUUGCCAACUACAGUUGAUUAUUCAUCAGUUCCAAAACAGACAGAUAUUGAAGAGUGGACUUCCUGGGAUGAAGAUGCUCCCACAAGUAUAAAGAUUGAAGGAGGGAAUGGGAAUGUGGCAACACAACAAAAUGCUUUGGAACAACUGGAACCUGACUAUUUUAAGGACAUGACACCAACUAUAAGGAAAACUCAGAAAAUCAUUAUUAAGAAGAGAGAACCAUUGAAUUUUGGCGUCCCAGAUGGUAGCACAGGUUUCUCUAGUAGAUUAGCAGCUACACAAGAUAUGCCAUUUAUUCAUCAAUCACCUGAAUUAGGUGACUUGGAUACCUGGCAGGAAAACACCAAUGCAUGGGAAGAAGAGGAAGAUGCAGCCUGGCAAGCAGAAGAAGUUCUGAGGCAACAGAAGAUAGCAGACAGAGAAAAGAGAGCAGCGGAACAGCAAAGAAAGAAAAUGGAAAAGGAGGCACAGCGGCUAAUGAAAAAGGAGCAAAACAAAAUUGGUGUGAAACUCUCAUAACAAAUGUUCUUCAAAUGUCAUAGUGCCAGUGGGAGAAAUAUGAAAUCCACAACCCAAGCAACAUUUGUAUGAAUCUAAGAGUAUUUCCCGAAUACAAACACACUGUUUGAUUUAAUGCAUUCAUCAGGCCAUUCAGGACACUAGGAUUCUGUCGAAGUACCUUGAACUUGUAGUGAUUGAGACUCAAAAGAACAAAAAAGACUUAUGAGACAAUAUUUUCUUCAACAUGUUCCAUUAUAAGACAGUUGUUUGCUGUAAGCAAAUUAUUACAAAUGGAAUAUACCAGUACCUCUUCAAGCUGGUGUUUCUAGCUGAAUAAAUGGGUGUAAAUAAUUUUGUGGUGGAAAGAACUCUGUCGUCUAUAAUGUUCUUCAUUGUGCAUAAUGAUAAAAUAAAUAAUUUUAAAUAUUCA